AGAUUAAAGGGAGGGGGACAUGCAUCACUGGAGCAUACUGUAUAAAAGGAAUUGAUACAGUUUAUUCUAUGUAUACAGACAUUGCUAACACAGUGCCACUGAAAGAGCACAGGGAUUCAUUUCUGCACAACUCAUCCUUUGUCACAGUCAGAAUGCCAGGAGGACAAUACAGCAACUGGGCCGAUGUUUUCCAGAACAUUCAGGAGACAGAGCUUGAGCAGCAUCAUGGUCAUAACUGGACUUUAAAAAUUAAAAAUGACAUAACAGAUGACUUAACAUCAAAUCAGAGGCAAAAUGGCUGGAAAAUAUACCUGUCAUCUUCCUAUGGCAGGUUCAAAUGCUCUAACUGCCACCAUGCUUGGAACUCAGCUCGUGUCUCUCUCACAUUUCAUUACCGCUGCACAUACUCAGCAGGUGGGGAAGUCUACCUGAGAACCUACAGACAAAAAUGCAAAAACUGCAGCAGUGACAAAAUGCUUACAGCAAAGUUUGAACAGAAUGAAAUGGACCAAGUUCUGAUGAGACUGGCUAACAAGAUCAGAAAGAAUUGUUACAAUGAGGCAAUAAGUCCAAAUACACAUGUUUCCACCUCAAAGAAGACAAAACCCCACGAGGCCUCUUUGUGUGAAGCUUGCAUGUUGGGCAAAUGUAGCAGGAAUGCAGAUAUCUAUUAGUGUGUAUAAGCUUGUGUGUCUAAAUAAACAUACAGCCCAUUGCUUCCUGCACAUUAGUACUUUAUAUAGUGAAUAAAGUACCCCCUCUUGUAAAAUAUAAGGAUAUUAUUAGUUACCGAGG